AUGACAGAAGCAUCCAAUGGUUCUUAUGCUGUAAUCUAUGGCCGCCAUUCACGAAAUUCCUCCUGUACAGCAGUAAUACACAGUCAAAUCUUCCAAGUGACUGGAAACAACAUCCUUUCAUUUUGGUAUCACAUGAAUGGAAAUGGUAUUGGUAGCUUGAAUGUUUACUUAGUCAGUAAAGGCACUCGCCAAAUGUUAUGGAAUAAAAGCGGUCGUCAGAGUCCAGAUUGGCUACUUGCAACCAUACCUAUUAGUCCUGGGUCAUAUCAGAUAGAAUUUGAGGCCACAGCCAAAUAUCAUUAUGGAAGCGAUCUGGCAAUAGAUGAUAUAGCCUUGAGAAAAGCAUCUCCAUCUUCACUCCAGACAACACCUCCCUCAUCUCCGACAAUUGUUACAAUAGCUUCAUUACCAAUUGAUUGUAAUUUCGAAGAUGGAUUUUGUGGAUUUCAGACUGAUAAGAGUAAAUUUUCAUUGGUAUCAUGGUCAAGAAAAAGCGGAACAGAAUCUCUUGGGAAUUUUAUGUUUUUACGGGGUGAUAAUACAACAGGCACUGGUAAACAUCAGUUUUUUUAA